CUAUAUUUUAUUUAUUUUAGUUUUCAUAGAAAAUGCUCCUCCAUUUUCCCAUUGUAUUUGGCCUUUUCAUUACCUCCAACGCUUGGGAAUAUUGUAAACCCGGCAUCCAUGAGAAAUUGUGUGAGUCCCCUAAAAUUCACACCGUCUGUGAUCCAUCUCAAGCUUUCGACGAUAAAGUCAGCAUGAUUUCAAAUGAGUUCAAAGGUCAUGUGCCAAUAACCAAGAAAAUCAAGAGGAUUUUUAUGCACAUUCAUAAUGAUUAUCGUAACCGUGUGGCCAGCGGUGAAGAAGUCAAAGAGGGUACGAGCGAUAAAUUCCCCAAAGCCUCGCGGAUGCGUGAAUUGAUAUGGGACAAUGAAUUAAUGUAUGUAGCACACAUUCAUACGGCUCAAACGCGCAUGGGUCACGACAAGUGUCGGGCAACACAACGGUUUCCAAAUGCUGGACAAAAUUUGGGUUGGAAAGGUACUGUCUGCUCCAUACCAAUCAUUGAAAUGUUAAAUGAAUCCCUACAUGAAAUGUAUAUGGAGAAGAAUAUGGUCCCAGAUCCUGUGGCCAUGGCAGCCGAGUAUAAUACAGCGAUUAAAAAUGCCAAAGUCGGUCAUUUCACGGCCAUGGUAAAUGAUCGUACAUCGCGUUUGGGUUGUGCAAUUUCUAUUGGUGCAAAUUGUAAAGCUCCCAGUGCGGACAAAACAUAUCCUUGGUGUUAUUAUUUGGCGUGUAAUUAUGAUGGCACAAACAUUUUGAAUAGCUUUAUUUACAAAACGGACCCACAACAAUCAGCAUCUCAAUGCUCCGACUGGGGAGUUGGCAAAAGUCUGGUGUAUGAACAUUUGUGUGGUAAUACCGGCGAAAUUUUCGAUCCGAAAAAAUAAAUGAUUUUUCGUAUCGGCUGGUCUACAAUUGUGUGUUUUAAAAAAUAAAUAUUGCCUCGUCUAAUUUUUUUGAAUGUGAA